UAUUAAAAGCAAUAAGAGAAAUGUGAGUUUAAAUAGUUAUUAAUCAAUUUUCUGAAUUGCUAUCAAAAAGAAAAAUGGUGAAUUAUAAGUGCAAGCGGAAAAUUGGAGAACCAUAAUGUUGCGUAUUGUGCACACAAAAUGUAGAAAGGCUGUAGUGUGAGUGAAAGAGAAAUACAAUUUUAAUUUCUCUUAUCCACAAUAGAAAAUAAAAGUAAAAACAAUAAACGGAGUAAUAUAUUUUGUAAACAGUGAAUAAAAACACAGGUUUCAUUUUAUUUGUUAAAUUAACUAUAAAAAUGGAUAUUCAAAAUAAAUCUGCUAUAACGGAUUCUGCUGAAUUGCAACUAAAGAAAGUUGAAGAAGUUAAUUCAAAAGCAGACAAAAUAAAUGAUGAGCAAAACGAUCAUAUACCUCUCAAUACCACUGAAAUAAAAUCUUCUAAUACGCGGAAAAUGUCUCCAAUAAAAGAUCAUAUUUCAGCCGAUAAAACAUUAAAAAAAGAUACAAGUAAGGAAAUUAAAACCAUUGAAAAUGACACCGAAGUUCUGAAAGGUGAAAAUAAAAUUAAAAAUAAAAGCGCUGAGAAUGCAAAAGAUCUUCUGCCAGUGACAAAGAAAAGUCCUUCCCCGACAACGCAAUCUCAAACGCCACCUCAAGCAGAGGCCGCAAAUUCAAUUCCAGACAAUAUUCUGUCCCCUCCAAAGUCCGAAACACAAACUGAUGAAACUAAUACUGCGACGUCAUCAUCUCCCGCUUCUGAUUCUCAAUUAUCACCCGAAGUUGUGCCUGAAAUCAAACCUAAAACCAACAGUUCUCAAGCUUCACCUCGUAACACUGACAACUCAGAAGCACCAAUUUCUACAAAAAAUCUGGGUCGUGUCGUUCAACCGAUAAACAUUGUUGCUAAUGGCACUAUACCAAAAUCUGGUAAACCUUUAAUGGCGUCCAUCAAUAAAAAAAUCAACAAAUCAUCACGCUCAACGCGUCCAAGAAAGCAAAAAGUACCAAUAUAUGAAAGUGAGAUAAGCGAUAAUAAAGUUGGCAUCAAGCUAUGUAUUAAAAAGUCUGAUGCAACAGUAACUGCAACUGCACCAACUCCACCCACAUCUUCAAAACAAAUUCGUAAACGUUCCCGUAAAUCAAAAUCUCGUCAUCGUGUCGAUAGCGAUGACAGUGAAUAUGAAACGAAACGCAAAAAAGAUCGCAAUCCCAAUAACAACAAUGAACGUCAAAAAAAGGUUUCAUUCAGUGGAGUCAAAGCAGAAGAAGCAAGUGAACCAAUUGAGCAAAGCAUAUGGGGAUCAAAGAUUCCAGAAGAUGUACUCUAUCAAAUUUUUGAAAAGGCAGUUGAAAAAGAAGGAUCUUUGCCAACAUUAUGCCGUUUGGGAAGAGUAUGCGCUUUAUGGCGGCGAGUAUCAGUGCGACCCACAUUAUGGAAAGUAUUAGACCUUACAACUUGGUUUAAAGAAAAAUCUAGAACUGAACUUAGGUUGAAGUGGGUUGUGGAUAAUCGCUGCAGCUCUUGCACAGAUUUAAAUAUCUCAAAUUGGAAGGUCACUGACAUUAACUGCUUUCUUCACAAAUUAGCUGCUGGAUGUACAAACUUAACGGGUAUUACAUUAGCGGGCUGGAAAGGUUUCACAUGCGAUCAUUUGGCGUUUUUAGUUAACAAUAUGAAGAAAUUAGAACGGAUUGAUUUAAGCUCAGUUAAUGUUGAAAUGAAUGCAAGUAAAAGUGCUGUUGGCCUGCAAUCCCUUUGUACUGCAUUGCAGACAAUGAAUAAACGGCUUACGCAUUUGUAUUUGGCACAUAAUCGUCUGGCAGGAAUACCACAAAUUGUUAACAUUUUAUCGGACCAUUGUGCGAAUCUGGUGCUCCUGGAUCUCUCUAACGUAACCACUCAAGCCACUUCACAUGGGAUACUACGCAUAGAAAAAUUACAACAUGGUUGCAAAAAAUUAAAGGUAUUGCGUGUUACCAACUCGCAAAUAACGCCUAGUACAGCAACAAUGCAAGAAAUGAUGGAUUCGCCUGGAUUUCCAAAUUUGGAAGAAUUAUCAAUUGCUGCUUUAACUGACGAAUCGCGUGUUAUUGGUGAUGAACAUUUGCAACGCAUCCUUAAGACUAGCUCAAAAUUGAAGCUGCUUGAUGUACGUGGCUGUGCGCGUUUAACACAUGAAAGUUUAAUCCGUCUGCCAGCUUGGGAUAUAAAACAUUUAUUUUUAUCUGGUUGUUCAGUAACGAGAGAUAAUUGCUCGGGCUUAGAACUAAUUGCAUCUAAAUGGGCACAUAGUCUUAUUGAAUUGGAUUUAGCAUGGGCAAAUGUUCAACAACCUUUGGAUAAUGCUUUACGUGCAUUGGCUGAAAAGGGUAGUGAAUCACCUUUGGCGCAUUUAAAUCUAUGUGGUUCUUCGGUAUCUGAAGAGGCUGUCAAAGAGAUUUUAUCUAACUGUGCAUAUAUGAGUUCAAUUAAUCUUUCAUCAUGUCGUGGUUUACCUCGUGGCGUUAAACGUUUAAUGCAAGGUCAACACGAAAUAAAAGAAUUAAGAGAUGUACUAAAGGUUCAAAUGAAAGUCAAACUACCUUCUCAAUUAAAAAAAGAAACUGAAAGCUCAGAAGAUACAAAACUAAAGCUUAAUAACUCAACUGAAGAUGUUGAGAAACGCGAUGGCAUUUUAGACAGUGGAAACAGUCAUAAUUAAUAAUGGGUUUCUUGCUAAGAUUGCAAAUAUGAAUAUACACUCAAACAUAUGUGUAUAUAUGAUUAUGUAUAU